AUGCAGCUUCUGCAGCUAGUCCUAUCCCAUUUUCAUUCGAAAUUCCACCUCACCAAGUGCAUUAUAGAUACAAUGUCUUUCCCUACAACCUUAUCAUAUCUCAACGACCGCGAAGCCAUCGAGGACGCCCUUUACCGCUGUGUAUUAGGCUUGGACACUGCCGACGUUACGUUAUUUGAAUCUGCACUUAUACCGGAUGCUACCUUUGACUUGAUGGGAAAUGUGAUGAAGGGAUUACCGGAAAUACAGGCCGGAAGUUUCGAUAAAGUCUCCAAACUGGAUACUACUCAUCACUUAAGUAAUAUUCGCGUGAAUUUGGAAGGCCUAGCAAAUGGAACUGCAUCUGUUACGGCGUCAGCAAUGGCACAACACUACCGUCCGGGGGAAGGAAACAAACCUGAUACCACUCGUCUCUUGAGUGGAGCCCUUUACUUUGUUGACGUUGUCAAGGACAAAGAGGUGUGGAAAGUUAAGCAUUUCAAAGCCAAAAUGAUUUGGACAGAAGGCGAUUGGGGUGUGUUCGCCUAG